AUGAUGAACGACCUGACUCCCGAGCUGGACAGGAGGAGACGAGCGGCUUGGGGAGCGUACAGGAGCAUCGAGGAUGUAGUGAAGAAGACCAGGAACACCCGGCUCCGUGCUCACCUCUUCAACACCACCGUACUUCCUGCUUUGACCUAUGCUUCGGAAACCUGGGCAUUUCGCAAGCAGGAAGAAAACGCGGUGAACGUAGCCUCGUUCAAGCUGCGCCCGAGAGCACGUCACGUAUACAGUGAAGCACUACGAGUUCAUUUGUUCGAAGAGGCAUGCAAAGCAGGAGAUCUAAUUGAGAUGGGAAAGCUCAUGUAUGCUAGUCAUGAAAGUUGCAGCAAGGAUUAUGAAUGUAGCUGCGAGGCCAUGGACACAUUGGUUUCCGAAUGUCAACGCGCAGGUGCCAUAGGGUGCCGCCUCACUGGAGCUGGCUGGGGUGGAUGUGCUGUAGCCUUGGUCGACAAUUCAAAUCCUAAAGAUUUGGGACAUAAAGUGCUCUUCUACAGCAAACCCUCCGCUGGAAUCUCAGGGCAAUUCUUAUAA